UCGCCGACCAUGACAAUUGACAAAAGCAAUGGCCCAACUAUUCGCCUCCUCGCGAUCCCUUCCUCCUUCUCCCCUUCGUACCACCGCCAUUUCACCCCUUGCGUCGUCCCGCGGGCCUCGCAGUCAACUCUCCUGCGAUGUCCGACACGACUGUUACGACCCCUCAUGCCUCUACCUCCGACCUCGAACAGAAAUUCGAGUCUACCACAACGGUCCAGGUUCAGUCCAGGGAAUCCGCGCACCCUCAUCCGGUCUCCUCUCCUCCUCAACCCUCCGUCAGACUACUCUUCUCACUGGUUUCGCGGCGUGACUUCUACUGUCUCCUUCUCCCGGCGAUCCUCACUUCUAUGCUGGCUGGCGGCGUGGCACCUUUCAUGACUUAUGUCAUUGGGGAGUCAUUUGAUGCAUUCGCCAACUUUCCCACCACUCCAAAUCCUUCGCAAGCUGCGAAGAAACAGCUGCUCCAUGGCGUAGGCAUCGCAGCGCUGGAACUAGUCGGCUUGGCCUUUGGCGCACUCGCACUCAGCACCAUCACAUCCAGUUUGUGGAUAUGGACUGGCGAGCGCAACCUGAUGGCUGUGCGUAAGGAAGUAUACGCUGCAGUAACCCAGAAGGAGAUGGUGUGGUUCGACACAAAGAUGGGUUCCGAGGACUCCGUCACAACGACAGACGGAGACGGCCCUGUCGGCGCUGGAGGACUCAUGGCGAGGUUCGCCAGAGAGACCGAUGAAGUCCGGAUGGCAUCCUCACUGGCGUCCGGAUUCAUCGUUCAAUACAUGACCUCAUGCAUUACCUGCGUCGUCCUCGCCUUUGUGGAAUCAUGGUCGCUCACGCUCAUCAUCCUUUCCUCGGUACCCAUCCUCAUGUUCAUUCAGGUGGUUUCGCAGAUUUUCGCCGGAGCCUACCUCAAUGUCGAGCGCUCUGAGACUGCAAAGGCAGCGACGCUCGUGGAUCGCGCCAUUGCCGCGAUCGCGACCGUGAAAGCGUUCAACGCGGAGCCCCACGAGCACGCCAAGGUCGGUGGUGUGCUUGACGCGAUGCAGGCAGCGGCAAAUGGAUGCAUCACCGUGUGGGGCAUUACCGCGACGUGCGCGCAGUUCGUCACAAUGGCGAUGUUCGUGCAGGGCUUCUGGUUCGGCUCAAAGCUCGUACGUGAUGGGAGCAUAACGCCGGGCACAGUCAUGUCUGUUUUCUGGGCGUGCCUCAUUGCAGCGAACAACCUGCAGAUGUGUAUUCCGCAGAUCGUCGUGCUCAGCAAGGGCAAGUUCUCCAUGGCUGCCCUGCUCGCACUUGCCGAGUCCGAGCCGGCUGCACCACUCGGCCGUCCGGGAUCGAUGGCGCUCAAGCGCAGCAGCCGCCGACAAACGCACCUCCGCAAGAUCGUCCCAGGGAAGUGUCGCGGCGAGUUUGAGCUCGACAAUAUCACUUUCGCGUACCCAUCGCGCCCGAGUAUGCCGGCGCUCAAGGACGUGUCCAUUUUCCUCCCUUCAGAUGAAACGUCGUUCAUCGUCGGCAGCUCCGGCUCGGGAAAGUCGACCAUUGCUCAGCUCCUCCUGCAGAUGUACCUGCCGCAGGGCGGGUCGAUCCGUCUCGAUGACCAGGAGACGGCGUAUCUGGACGAGGAGUGGAUGCGCUCACACGUCGCGGCCGUUUCGCAGGGUUGCAUCUUGUUCGACAUGACAGUACACGAAAACGUCGCGAUCGGGCUGGCGUUCCCUGGAAGCUCGCGUCGGCCGGAGGACGUUUCGCGCGCAGAGGUCGAGGCUGUGUGCCGUGCGGCGCUCAUGCAUGAGUUUGUUCGGGACCUGCCCAACGGCUACGAUACGCAAUUGGGCACUGGUGGUGCGAACCUUUCUGGUGGCCAGAAGCAGCGCCUGGCCAUCGCGCGGGCGCUUUUGCGUAACCCUACUGUUCUUAUUCUAGACGAGGCGACGUCCGCGCUAGACGCGACGUCGCGCAUUCUUGUGUUCGAAGCGGUCAAGCGCUGGCGCCAGAACAUGACGACGAUCGUCAUCACACACGAUCUCUCGCAGAUCGCGUCGGACGACUUUGUGUAUAUGCUCAAGGAUGGGCAACUCGUCGAGCAGGGCUACCGGUCCGAGCUCGAGGCGUGCACGUAUGGCGAGUUUCGGCAGAUGGUCGACAUGCAGGACGCAUCGGGUGGCUUCCCCGAGAAGCCUGCGGAAGAGCUUGUGCCGGUGCCCGUGGAGGCGAUCCUCGAGCAGCAGCUCGCUGAGAUGCAGGAGGAGAUCGAUACGGUGCGUAUAGGGACAAAGGCGCUCAGGCACCAGACGAUCACGCAGUCGACCUUCCGCCCGCUGACGAUGGGCAACUGGAUGUUCGACGCUGUUGCGGAUCUGACGAAUUCGACAACCACGAUUCCGCCCGCCGUUCUCAAUGCGCGGAUCGAGCAGCCCGUCAGUCGGAUCUCGCCCGCAGAUGAGGAAGAGGACGAGAAGCCCAUCAAGGAACGCCGUCGGAAGACGCUGCAUAUUGACAUCCCUUCGCCUCCCGCGAUGGUCGCCACCAACCACCGGUACAGUCUGCAAUUUACGCCGACAUCUCCUACAGCCUACUCUCUGAGGUCGACUACGACGCUCUGCUCCCCUCAAGCCCUGGAUGAUGACGACUUUGAUGCGGAGAAGGCCAUGCUACGGAAGAACGCGAGCCAGGUCACGAUCAAGCGUCAUGGAGCGCACUCGAGCGAGUCACUCCCUGCUAAGCGUCCCCGGACGAAGUGGGACGAAAAGACCCUGGAAGCGCUGCAGGCGAUCAAGGUCGAAUCAUCCGAGAACGUCGGGUCAAAGCCGGAGGUGCCUACUGAGCCACCCAUGCAGUCCUUCUGGAGCUUGGUCCGCGACGUCUACCCGACACUUCCCACGAAACCCUUCAUCAUCAUCGGCAUCACGGUAUGCGCUGCUAGCGGUGCCAUGACGCCACUUUUUGCAUUCCUCCUCUCGCGUAUCUUCGUCGAAGUGUCGGCGGGCGCCAAGGACGUCAGCCUCAUCAACACGUACGGCGGGAUCGUCCUCGCGGUCGCGGCCGCCGACGGCGUAUUCGUCGGGCUCAAAUACGCGAUAAUGGAGGUCAUCGGCAUGGACUGGGUCACGCGCGUGCGUAAGACGUGCAUGACGCUCGUGCUCGCGCAGGACAAGAAGUGGUUCGACAAGAGCGAGAACAGCUCGGCGCGCGUCGUGCAGAUCCUCAUCAAGGAUGGCGACGACGCGCGUGCGCUCAUCGCGACGGUGCUCUGCCAGGCGACGGUUGUGACGUCUAUGCUGGGCGUCGGCCUCAUUUGGGCGCUCAUCAGGGGUUGGCAGCUCACCCUCGUUGGAAUUGCGAUAGCCCCGGUGUUUGCACUGUCGAUGGCUGUACAGUCGAAUUUAGUCGCGAAGUGCGAGACGAGAAACAAGCGUGCGCGCGAGGAAGUGGCGAAAGGAUACUAUGAUGCCAUAUCGAAUGUUCGUGGAAUUCGUGCCAUGGGCUUUGAGAGUGCGUUUCAGCGGAAGUUCGAGGAGACAACAGAUCAAGCGCUCUCCGUUGGAGUGCGUGGCGCAUUCAUCGAGGGCUGCACGUACGGUGUCGCUAGUGCUCUCAUUUAUCUCGCGGAAGCCCUCCUCUUCUACGUCGGCGCCGUUCUUAUCGCUCGCGGAACGUAUACUUAUCUGCAGAUGGUCCAAGUACUCCAACUGGUGGUCUUCUCUGUCUCGAUUGGCUCUCAGCUAAUGGGCUUCACUCAGCGCAUUGCAAAGUCCGUGCAAGCAACUCGUGAUUUCAACAGGUUGUUGAAACUCUCGAGAUACACGGAGGAGUCUCGUGGUGUACUGCAACCCGAAAUCGACGGAAGCGUCUCCUUCAGCAACGUCUCUUUCUCCUACCCAGAGCGAUCGGACGUGCCCGUUCUCAAGGACAUCUCGCUCGAUAUCGCUGACGGCGAGUGCGUCGCCAUCGUCGGCGCAUCCGGUUCUGGCAAAUCCACGAUCGCAUCGCUGCUUCAACGUCUCUACGAGCCAGACUUGGGCUCCAUUAGCAUCGGGCUGAACGCGCUGCGUUCGACAGACGUUCAUCAUCUUCGGGAGCACGUCGCGGUCGUCAGCCAACACGCCAACCUCUUCGACACUACCAUCACCGAGAACAUCGCGUACGGGAGCAAAUCGAUAUCGGACGCGGACGUGCGGCGGGCAGCGCAAGCAGCGAACGUACACGAGUUCGUCGAGUCGCUCCCGAAAGGGUACGACACGCACGUGGGCGAGAACGCGUCGCUCAUCUCGGGCGGCCAGGCGCAACGUCUGCAAAUCGCGCGGGCGCUGGCACGUCCGGCGCGUAUUUUGAUUUUGGACGAGUGUACGUCUGCGCUGGACGCGGCGAACGAGGCGGCGGUGAUGGAGACACUUGUGCGGGCGCGCGUUGGGCGGACGACGCUCGUGGUGACACACAAGCUGCAGAUGAUGCGCAUGUGCGAUAGGAUACUCGUCGUGCAUGAUGGUGUCAUUGCGGAGGAAGGCACGUACGAGGAGCUCAUGCAAAAACAUGGCGUGUUUGCGCAAUUGGCGAGCGGCGGUGAAUGGACGCGUUGAUGAUUUACGGAUAUGUUUUUUGUAUUCUGCUCUCAUAUUAAUCCUCGGAUCUGUAGCAUGAUAUACUCUGGAUGUUUUUUUAGUAUCUUUACAGCGGGUUUUCGUCCCCAUGGGUUAUUGGUAUUUUUGUGCGAACUCUACUGUAGCUUUUUUCUUCGAUCUUCGAUCAUUAGUUGAACAUUUUACGGCCUCAGACACUCGUUGUAACAUUAGCAAGGCUUGUAUUGUACCCUCACUCGAGGAAUGACAAAAGCUUAGAAGAUUUUG